AUGCCGACUCUGAUUCAAUUGCCUCGAGAGCUCCUAAUACUUAUCUCCGACCUCCUCGAGCAAAUAGAACCCGACAAUGUAAUCGACCUGGCAUGCGUUAACAGAAUCUUCUUGUCUAUUUGCACUCCAUUGCUCCAGGUCCGAUCCCUCAAAUUCUUCGUGUGUGACGAUGGAGAGCAGUUGGCCGACGAUAUACUGCAUUACUCUCAACUACUACAAAGUCUGAGCGCCCUCUGGGCUGUCCGUCGUUUGAUGAUUGUUACCAACGACGAUGAAAAUGUAAGAUUACAACAGCGCCAGCGUCAGUCUCAACAGCAAUGGCGACGACCCAGGAUCCCUCCCAGUGCUUAUAGAGGGUAUGAGAAUGACUACCUGAAAUCAUUGGUUGGGAAACCAGGCGCAAUGAAGUAUAAAGACACAGCACACCAGAAGAACCAUAUUUGGAAACCUUUGGCAGAAUUCAUUCUGCGACUGCCUAAUCUAGAGUCCAUCUUCUAUAACAGUUAUUAUCAGUUCCCGCCUUGCCUUCUGGACAGUCUUCACAAGCACCGAUCACAGUGUAGAUUGUACAUAACUCGAUUUGCUCUGUGGAGUCUAGAGCCUCAGGGGCCAACGGAUCCUUACGAAUUCAAAUUAUUGGGUUCACCUUCUUUACAUGGUAUCGGAACAGUGUUGGACGGCACCGAUAGAAAUAGAACUAGAGGAAGUACCCCAUCUUGGGAGCAUGUAUAUCUACCCAAGGCCCUCAGAUAUCUUGUCUCUGGUCUAACACAGCAAUUGAAGAUACUGGUUGUUACGGGACUUGGAAGUUCCUGGUGUUAUUACAGCCCACCAUGGACCGGAUUUACGCUGCAGGAUCGUGGGCUUCUAGAGCAUCUCGAAAUAAGAGAGACCAAACAUCAUCAACUCGAGCAAAAUACGAAAGAGGAUAUCGAGAAAUGGAAUCAAGCCACAGAUUUUUCGGUCUUGAAGACUUUUAAACUCAUAACCUAUUCAACAUUGAGCGCCCUCGAAUACAUGACGACAAAUUGCCAAUUUCGAUCACUUACCAAACUGACCAUACAGUUUAGGCCGGAUUGGAUUCGUCACCAUCCCUUCGACUAUUAUUCUGCUGCGAGCUCAUUUUUACUCAAUCUUCCACGCCUCUCGAGUCUCGAGUUACAUAGCUGGCAUCCCAAAAUGGCCACCGAAUCAAUUCUGAAACAUCAUGGGCCACGCUUACAAAAACUUUGGUUGCUGCCUUGUCGGGGUGAAACUAUACCCUUGGAAACGCUCCAUCGCCUCAGCGAAAACUGCACAUUUCUUGAAGAGCUUUCCACAAGAAUUAGUCGCUCUCGCGGUGAUGCCCUAGAAGUAUCUAAAUACAAGGCCAUCGGCGCAUUGCCACGACUAAAGCGUUUGUUCCUCAAACUCGACGCCUCAGAUAUCUUUUUAUUAGAUGGAUAUGACUAUGAGGAUGAAGCAGAAGGACAAGAAGUUCCUGAGACCCGCAACGAUGCUUCUUUCAAUUCUUUUGACCAGCAAUAUUGCGAAUGUAGAUUUUUUCAUCAUUGGCUCCGUCCACGGAAUGGACAUAUUCGAGACGCCUUCAUCAACGCCACGUUGGAUCCAGACCUUGCUAAAAGCAUUUUUCAGACGAUACGAUCAGGCAAUAAUACAGACGGAAAAAACUCAUGCCCACUUGAAUUCCUGGAAUUGCGAGUGAGGGGAGCAGGUCAACUAAGCUGGGAUAUGCGCGAACUUAAAUGGGGUUUCCACGAGGUACUUCACAAGUUGAGUUGUGCACGGCGUGUGACUCGGAAGAAAGAUGAGGAUAUUAAAAUUGAAUUAGUUGAUAUUCCUGAGGAUAUGUUUCCAAGUGAAGAAUCCUGGGAUUUGGGAUUGGAUAAGGGGAUUCCCAACAUAUUGCCCUUUGCGUUGAAGAUUUAUCAACGUGUGUGGCCACCGAAGAAUAAGCACUGGUUCGAUGAUUGGCAUAGCUUUCCGCUUGCGCUGUCUGCUGAAGAUGAGAUAGAUUGGUCAAAAGAAUAG